AUGCAAAUAACUACGAAUUAUGAUAGUGAGCCAUUCUCACUGAUAAAUACUAAGAGACAAAUAUUCAGUGGGGAUUAGGAUGUUAAGAUGAAGCAAUAUUUUCAAAGAAGCCGGUCGAUAGAAGAGAUUGAUUAGAUGAUUGAUGAUUACGGCAAUAGUGCUAAGUACUGUUUACAUAAAAGUAAUAGGCCUUCGUCUUCUAAUUUGCGUAAGACGAAAAGCAACUAUAAGCCUCCAACUAUUAGUAUUCAAAAUAUCAUAACAAAUAAAAGGGAAACUUUUAUUUUUGAGAAUCUGAAUUUGGAAUAGAAGGAGCCAGGGUAUGAGUUGAUAAAAAUUGAAUAGUUUUAGUCCCGUUUGGAAGCAAGGAAGCUUGAAGAUCAUCAGGUUGGUUGCUAGAUUUAUAUAUUAACUGAAAACCAAAGCUGAAACAUUGAAGUUAAAAUUGAUGAAUCAUCACAUAUUUAAAUACAUUGAUGAUAAGGCAAGUGAUUUUAACGAAUUCAAAUCUGGAAAGGCAAUAGACGAUCAUUCCUUUAAGAAUAUAAUGUGUAGGAAUCUGAAGAAGAUGGAAGGAGCUUUUACAGUCCUUAGGGCAAUUUUGGAAUACUUAUUUAAUAAAAUAGGAGUUAUAUAUCCUGAGAGUACAUUCAAGAUCAUAUGGGAUUCCAUAGUCGUAUGUUUUAUAGUGAUCAACAUCUUCUUCAUCCCAAUGUCGUUGAGUUUUGAGUUGGAUAAAUCAAGCACUUUGGUUUGGCUAUUCUUUGAAACCAUUCCAAGUUACAUUUUCAUAGUUGAAAUAAUUCUCAAUUUUAAUACUGCAUAUUAUGGUCAUGGAGUAAUUCAUUCAACUAGAAAAGAGAUAUUUCAUCAUUACGUUUCUGAAAAUUUCUGGUGGGAUUUGAUGAUAUCCAUCCCCUAUGUACUGUCAUAACUGGACAUCCCCUAUAUUCAAUUUGUAUUGCUAUUAAGAAUAACAAGAGUUAAGUCAAUGGUUUAAAAUGUUGAGGAUAUGUUGAAUGCUAAGGAAUCAGUUUAGGCAGCAGUGGAAUUAUCUAAACUCAUUUAUUUUAUUAUCUUCGUUGCACAUAUGUGUAGUUGUGCUUGGCAUUUAUUGGGUAAAAUAGAAGUUGAUGUUUAUGGAGAUAAUAAUUCUUGGUUGAUCCAUUAUGGUUAUUAUGAUGAGCCUUGGCACACUCGAUAUAUAGUAAGUAUCUAUUGGAGUGUGAUAACAACAUUAACAGUUGGUUAUGGUGAUAUUGUUCCUCAGACUUCAAUUGAAUAAUUAUUUGUAGUUAUUAUUGCUAUGAUUAUUUGUGGUGUGUUUGGUUAUUCCAUAUCAACAAUUGGAGAGAUCCUUAAGAAUUUGGAAGAAAAGAAAGGCCAAUUCAAGUAACUCAUGAAGGAGGUCAAUUCUUACAUCAAGGAGAAGGAACUCAAUUUACAAUUAUCCUUAAAAGUCAGAAAAUACUUUGAAUUCUACUAUCAAACCUAACAAUCACAGAAACGCUCCUAUCAAACUCUACUCAAUAAUCUGAAUGAACAGUUGAAAUAGGAGAUUAUGAUAGAUCUUUACAAGAAGAUUCUCAUUUAAUCCAAAUUUAUAAAUGAUACCUUCAAUGAAACUUUGAUCAAUUAACUCUGUCAGAAGGUCCAAUAAGAAAACUUUGGACCUGGAGAUGACAUCAUUGAUCUUAAGAACAAAAGCGAAAAAAAACUCAUCUUUAUAUUAAAUGGACAGGUAGAUAGUUAUAUUCACAUCCAAGGAACUCAGAAAGAGACACAACAUCUUGCUUCUCAAGGCAAAUUAUCUCAUACUUAUAAGAAAGGAGAUAUUAUAGGGGAAUUUGAAUUCAUCACUAAUAAUGAUUAUUCUCUUUAAUAUAGGGCUGUCAAGUAUACACAAGUUGCGUUCAUCAGCAGAUAAGAUUUACUAGAGAUCAUCACUCAGGAUAAGGAACACCUUUACAAAUUCCAAAAGCACAUUGAUUCUCUAACAUAUUCUCAGAAACUAGGAAGAACUUGCGAAAUUUGCAAGUGGACUCACUUAUAUUAAAAGUAAUUAUGGAAUUGUUUUAUUUUCUAUAAAUUUUAGUUGUCCAUUUACAUUCUAUUAGCCAAAUAUUUGGAAAGUAGUUCGAUAAGCUUCUGCCUCUGUGAACAUCAAACGGUUCCCAUACGAACGUAAGUCUCGUUAAAGAUACAAAGCAAUUACAAACUCUUAGGUUACCAUCGCUACAAUCCUGGAUUUCAUGUUGAUCCAUAAUUUUAUACAAGAAGAGUAAGGUUAUUACAUUAACUUUAGUCUCCUCUGUAGCAAAACCUUAUAAAGAUUGGGUUUCAAUAACAACCACAGAAUUAGUUAGAAGGAGAUUCACGAGAUUAGUUCAGGCUCCUCUAAUACUUCAAGUAGCAGUGAAUCAAAAUCUGAUGAUCUCAAUAACAAUACAUCUGUGAAAAAUAAGAGAACCUCCCAAGAGUCACAGAAUGACAAACCCGAUAAGUUUGAACGUCUUAGGACCACUGUAAACAUGAAGGAUAGUACUCACAAUAACCUACUCAAACCAAUUUUAUAGAAAAUGAACUCCAUCGGUUAAUAACAGCAUGAAGAUUAGGGCAAUUAAAAUUCAACUCCUAAUAUUAAAUUGUUUCCUUACUUUUACAAGAAAAAGUCUUCCAUUUCCAACAUCAAAGCGAUGUCUAAGGUGGAAAUACCUGUUGGAGCCAAUGAGAUUGAAACCAAUAAGGAUACCUCAAGAUUAUAUUAAAUUAAAAAGGGGCCUGAAAAUUGCGAUGAAAUGGAUCUUAUGAUGCAAGAAGCUAAUGAAUUUUAUCCGGAAUUUAAUGUAUUCAAAGUUAUUGAGAUCUAUAAUAAGCAGAGAAUAAGAAAUUUGAGUUUUAGAAAAAAACGAUAGUUUCAUGAAAAAUUAAAAUCAAUUAGGUUAUAAAAACAAUUUAAUCUAAAAAUACUAUCGCCUCGUUCAUCCUAACAAAUUAUUUGA